AUGACGCACGACUAUUGGGAUCUGACCGAUCGUGCACCGGUAGGGAUUUUAUUAGGCCCUUCCGUUCUAGAUCGCAACCAGGGAAUGUUGCAGAAACUAUUUCCAAAGGACGAGAUGUUGGUGGUUCAUACAUUCGCUGUACUUGGAGGAGUAUAUUUCAUAUUCCUGGAGGCAGUACAAAUAGAUAAGGAUAGAAUCCUAAGAACGGUGAAGUACGGUUGGAAAGUUGGUGUAACCUGUGUCGUCAUUACUUUUAUUGUUACAUUCUCCCUCACUCGUCUGCUACACAGAUAUUUUCCAGGAACCUUUAGAGAAUUCUUUCUUUUUGGUCUAAGUUUUAUUUUAUCUCUAAAUUUUUUCCCAGUUGUAUCUAAUGCCAUUACGGAACUCAAACUAUUAAAUUCUGAGUUAGGCCAUCUUGCCAUAUCUUGUUCCAUGCUCUGCGAGAUAGCUACAUGGAUUGCUACAGCAAUACCAUUGCGAUUGAUUGGAACCACAACACAGAAAUUGCUUUGCGAGCUUUGCGUGUGUGUAAUAAUACUGAUCGUCAUAUUUUUUAUACGGCCAAUAGUCCUGUGGAUUAUCAAGAAUACACCAGAAGGAAAGCCAGUAAAGGAAAUAUACAUUCUGGGAUUAUUGAUUCUUCCUUUGGUCAUGGGAACUCUGACUGACAGUUUAGGUAUGACUUUUGCGCUGGGAGCUAUAUUGGUUGGGUUAAUGAUUCCACCUGGACCUCCUUUAGGUUCAGCUCUAGUAGAGAAAUGUCGAACCAUCAAAUCGAACCUUCUUUUACCUUUCUUAUAUAUGUGGGUUGGUCAACUUACCAAUAUUUACUCCAUAAAAGAUUGGAAAGCAUUUGCAGCACUUUUUCUUAUCAUGUUUGGAGCCGUUUUAGGGAAGAUGAUAGCAUGUUUGUUGGCUUCGCUAUUCUUCGAAACAAGUGUUCAAAAUGCUAUCUUACUCAGUCUCUCCUUAAAUGUCAGGGGUAUAAAUGAUCUGUUAGUAGCCAUCCGAUGGAGAAAGAAUGAGAUAAUAGAUGAAGCCAAAUUUACUGCGUGGAUUUUCGGCAACAUGAUGUUAACUGCAAUUGUAACACCUUUAGUAAAUAUUUACUACAAACCUCAUAUAUCAAUUGAGGGAUCUACUGAGGAUAAGCCCGCUGUAACACUGCGAAAGAUACCAUUCAAUGUUGGAUUGCGGAUCCUUUGCGGUAUUCACUAUGAAGAAAAUGUCCACAGCAUCAUCACUCUGCUAAAGGCAUUCAAUCCAAGUAAUACAAGCUCAAUUUGCGCUUUCAUAAUCCACCUUCAAGAGCUUGUUGGUCGAACAACACCACUUUUAGCCCCUUACAAUCACAAAAGAAAGAGAUUAUUUCCGAAUUCCACUCAUCACAUUAUGCAUGCGGUGACAAAAAACUUGGAAAGUUCUAGUGCUGCCGUCUCUCUUCAGCCCUAUACGAUGAUAUCCCCAUACAACACCAUGCACCAAAGCAUUUGCAAGUUUGACGGGACUAAGUUGAGAAGCUAUAUCCCGCAUUUCCAUAAUAUGUUACGCACACCCUUAGAGUUUCAAACUCUCUGCUAG